AUGCUGGAGGACGAGGCGAGGCGAGGGGCCGACGAGGCGUCGGGUUCCGCGCCACAGGGCGCACCUCAGCCCCCCGAGCCGGCCGCAGAGAGCGAGGUGCCCCCCGAGCUUUUGUGCCCGCUCUCCUUCGACGUCAUGACGGACCCGGUGAUCUGCGCCUCGGGCCAAACCUACGAGCGGUCUGCCAUCGAGAAGUGGUUCGCGAUGGGCAAGCGCACCGACCCGAUGAGCGGUUCGGUGCUCGAAUCCACGUUCCUGGUGCCAAACGUAGCGCUACGCAGCAUGUGUCGCAGGUACGAGCAGAAGGAUUCAUAG